AUGAAACGACUGCAGAAAGAACUCCAAUCAUUGACAAAAGAUCCACCACCAGGAUUAUGUGUGGAUAUCAAAAGCAUUACUAAGAGUAUGUCUGAGUGGAUUGUGGAUCUUGAAGGUGCUUCUGGAACAUUAUAUGAUGGAGAAAGUUUCAAACUUUGCUUCAAGUUUGGCCCACGCUAUCCAUUUGAGUCGCCACAGGUGACUUUUAUUGGUAACAAUAUUCCAGUUCAUCCACAUGUUUACAGUAAUGGUCAUAUUUGUCUUUCUAUAUUGUCUGAUGACUGGUCUCCUGCCUUGUCUGUACAGUCAAUCUGCCUUAGUAUAAUCAGUAUGUUGUCCAGUUGUAGAGAAAAGAAACGACCCCCAGAUAAUGGAUUCUAUGUGAAAACAGCCCACAAAAAUCCAAAAAAAACCAAAUGGUGGUAUCAUGAUGACACUUUCUCCUUCCCUUUCCAACAUUUGUUUUCUUUGUUGCCUCUUUCUGUUUACUCUGUUUCAUUUUUUGCAAAUGUUCUCUCUCUCUACUUCAUUCCUUUUAUGAACUUACACUCUCUCUCUUUCUCUCCCUACCUUCAUGUAUUUAUUCUCUUUCUCCAUUUCCUUUCUGCUCAACAAAUUUGCUAA